AUGGCGCAGCAGCAGCACGCCCCCGGCGGCCACUACUCGGGCCGCAACCCCAUCCCCACGGUCAGGCAGUUCAUCGACAACCUCGACAGCGACAAGAAGAACCGCGACAAGCAGAUGGACGAGCGCAACAAGGCCGGCAAGACGCCCACGCCCACGCCCACGACGCCCACGAGACCGGGCAAGGAGACGCCGGCCCAGGAUGGCGUGCAGGACCACCAGCUCUCGCAGAAGACGGUCGAGGGCACCGAGAAGACGGUGACGGACCCCACGACGGGCCGCGAGGUGGUCAUUGCCGACGUGGGCAAGGACAUGGUCGACGAGGUCGAGAACCCGCACCUGAUCGUGCCCAAUGCCAACCUCAGCAAGCCCACGCCCAUCAAGACGGACCCCUCGCAGUCGCUCGCAGACUACAAGGAGGCCCAGGACGUGACGGCGCCCCCCGACCCCGUCGCCGAGGGCACCACCUCGGACGUGCCCAUCCACGGCGAAAAGACAAACGUCCUCUUCCACCCCACGCCCUCGGUCAGCUACGAGCCCAUGUUCGCCGAGCUCGAGAAGCGCGCCGCCAUCCUGUGCAUCGGCAUCCUCGUCGUCACCCUCGUCGUCGGCAAGCUCUUCGGCGGCGCCCUCAAGGGCCUUGUCCCGCUGGCCAUGUGUCUGGCCUCUGCUGUCUGGCUCUGGACCAAGGAGCUUGUCCGCAGCGGCCGCGAGGUCGAGUGGUCCAGCGAGCAGUCGCGCGGCCAGAUGGCCACCCUCAACCUGCUCCCCGAAUCCGUCGAGUGGAUGAACACCUUCCUCGGCAUCAUGUGGGGCCUCAUCAACCCGGACAUGUUCCAGGGCGUCGCCGACACCCUCGAGGACGUCAUGCAGGCCUCGGUCCCAGGCGUCAUCGAGAACGUGCGCGUCGCUGAGAUCAACCAGGGCAGCAACCCGCUGCGCAUCCUCAGCAUGCGCGCCCUCCCCGACAACCAGAUGGGCCAGAUGAAGCAGGCCAUCCACGAGGAGAACAAGAAGACAAAGGACCCCCAGGAGGCCGCCGCUGACGAGGAGGGCGGCGACUACUACAACCUCGAGGUCUCGUUCGCCUACCACGCCCAGCCGAGCGGCAAGCGCACCUCCGACAAGGCGCGCAACAUGCACAUGAACUUGGUCUUCUACCUCGGGAUUAAGGGUCUCUUUGGUGUACCCCUGCCCAUCUUCGUCGAGCUCCAGUCGCUGGUCGGCACCGUUCGCCUGCGCAUGAACAUGACACCCGAGGCGCCCUUCCUGAAGAACUUGACCUUCACCCUCAUGGGCGUCCCACAAGUCACCGCUGGCUGCGUGCCCAUGUCCGAGAAGGCGCCCAACCUGCUCAACCUCCCGCUGAUCAGCAACUUUGUCAACUACGCCAUCAAGGCCGCCGCGAGCAUGUACGUUGCACCCAAGUCCAUGUCCAUCGACAUGAGGGCCAUCCUGCAGGGAGACUCCAUCCAAAAGGACACCGAAGCGCUGGGCGUGCUAUGGAUUCGCAUUCACCGCGCCGUUGGCUUGAGCAAGCAGGACCGCCGUGGGUCCAAGCACGGUGGCAGCGACCCCUACAUCACCCUCGCCUUCUCCAAGUACGGCAAGCCCAUGUACUGCACGCGUGUCAUCACCGACGACCUGAACCCUAUCUGGGAGGAAACGGCUGCUCUGCUCGUUAGCCCCGAGCUGAUCAAGGCCGACGAGAACCUCAGCGUUGAGCUGUGGGACUCUGACAGGCACACCGCAGACGACAUCGUCGGCAAGGUCGAGCUCUCCAUGCAGAAGAUGAUCCAGCACCCUGGCAAGAUGUACCCUCAGGUUUCCAAGCUGGCCGGCAUGGACGCCGACAGCGAGAUGCCCGGUGAGCUCCACUGGGAAGUCGGUUACUUUGGCAAGCCCAAGUUCAGGCCUGAGCUCAGGACCGACGGCAAGAACAAGGCCUUGCCUGAUCAGCUCAAGGACGACCCCAAGCUGCAAGACGAAAAGGGCGUCAUCAACUCAGAAGAGGACGAUGCCGUCAUGCACACGCCUCCAGAUCCACUCUGGCCUAGCGGUGUCUGCAGCAUUGUCGUUCACCAGAUCGUCAACCUCGAGCUGGAGAACGUCAAGGGCACUUCAGGCAGCAGGAACGGCCGCGAGUACGAGCCUGCCAAGCCCUACGGCGAGGCGACUGAGGAAACUGGCGGCAACCUGCCCACCUCGUACUGCACGAUUCUGUACAACGACCAGCUGGUGUACCGCACACGAGCCAAGGCUGUUUCGUCCCAGCCCAUCUUCAAUGCAGGAACAGAGCGCUUCGUCCGUGACUGGCGCUCGGCCAUUGUCACCGUCACUGUCCGCGACUCCCGCAACCGCGAGCACGACCCCAUCUUGGGUGUGGUUCCUCUGAAGCUUUCGGACAUCCUCGAGACAUCCUCGCAGGUUACGCGCUGGUAUCCGCUCGAUGGCGGAAUCGGUUUUGGUCGCAUCCGUAUUUCGCUCCUGUUCCGCGGCAUCGAGACUCGUCUGCCUCCCCAGAUGCUCGGCUGGGAUGUCGGUACCUUUGAGUUCCGGUCGCAUGAUAUCCUGAUCACUGGCUACAACCACUCUCCCAAACUCAAGCUGCGAACAGGUGGCAGCACUGGUAAGAUCAGUCGUGCCCACGCGCACAAGCUGCCCGAGGGUGACGGCUAUUACUUCGAUCUGCAGAAGAACGAUGGCCGUGAUGACGUCCGCCUACCCGUCAAGCACCGCUACAGGUCGCCGAUCGUCUUCGAGUUCCACGUUGCCAACAAGCGCAAGGCUGAUGCGUACGCGGUCGUCUGGCUCCAGCACUUUAUCGACAACGAAGACACCGACAUCAACAUCCCCAUCUGGACAACCACACACCCUCAGCGGCUCACACAAAACUACAUCACCGAAGACAACUGCGAGAAGGAGCCAGGUCUCGAGGACCUCAAGGAGGUUGGCCGCCUGCAGUUCCGUGCCCGCUUCAAGGCCGGCACCGACGAGUCGCAUCAAGAUUUUGUAGUCGACAACGACUCGCGGGAGACGUACGAAACCUGGGAGGCCUGUCUUACCGAAGGCGUCCGCAACCGCAAGGUCGAAAAGGAACUGCCGGAGCGUGUCCAGCAGCUCCACGAAGAGUCCCUCAGAGCUGGCCGCGACAUCUUAAAGAAUGCAGACGAGGAAGAGAAGAAGAAGUGGCUCGCAAAGGACGGCAAGGACUGGUCCGGUGCCUUUGGCGAAGAUCCCAAGGCGUACAUGGACACCAAGGGUCGUAAGCGCAGAGAACCAGGCGCCGAGCAGCCGCUUCACGACCCCUUCCACCCCUCUUCGGACGAAGACCAUGAUGACGACUCGGACGACGACGACGACUCCAACUCGAGCUCAGACUUGGGUGUUGAGGACGCAACCACGGCCGGUAGUGCGGCCUCGAUGUCAGGCGGACCUGGCGGCGGUGACCAAUCCAAGCACCCCAACGGCGGCAUCAAGCACCAGAGCACCGACCUCUCGCCCGAUGGUGGCCAGCCCCGUCCCAGCCAAAGCACGGCACGCACAUGGGAGACGACAGACACCAACGGAUCCAGCCAAUCGGUCAAGAGCGUUAACAAGCAGAACAAGCGGGCCGAGGAGCGCAAGCACCGCGGGCUGAUGCAGUGGAAGCCCGCGCGGAACCUGGUAUUUGCCAAAGACGAGGGCAAGCUUGGCCUGAAGAAGCUGAGCAAGAAGCUGACGGGCGGCUUGGAGGGCAGACAGCCUGGCGUCGAGACAGGUGCGUUGUUCCUUCUCUUUUUUGGUGUCUUCACAAACACCACUGAUUCGUACAUGGCUGACAAAUCGACAGAAACGGGAAGCUAA